CAUGAGUUCAGUGGCCGACAGCACGGGUGUAUGUCAAAUAAUUGACUUUCAAUAACAAACAAACACAUAAUAGCGAUCGAAAAAUGACAUAAUACACAUGAAAGAGAAGGAAUAUAACGCAUGUUAAGUGAUCCACGAUAGAAAUUAUUGCUGUCACUUAACUGAAUUUUGCAUGAUGAGGUUGAAUUUCAUAAUUUCCCCUCAAUAAUCGACGACUGCAAUUAGCCAUUGUCAGCGAUAUAAUCAAAAGAUGGAAUCCGCAAAAAUGUCUGUUCAUCAAGAUGCAAACAGUUCCUCAUUAAAGUUCGAUGAAAACCUUGAACAACUCGACAGAGACUACGUGGAUUUAAUCGAUUCGGCCAGUACUCGCAAAAACGCGAACAAAUUUGUAUACCAGCAGAUUCUACUACAGUGGGAUGCCUUCAGGAGCCCGCGCCCCAGCAAUUCCCACUGGUGGGGAACUCUGAUGCUGAUCGUAGGGGCGUCGCUGGCCACGAGGCUGUGGGGACUCUCCACGCCAGACGUCGCUAUCUGGGAUGAAAAUCACUUCGGACGGAUGAUAGGACUUUACAUCAACCGAAGCUUCUUCUUCGACGUACAUCCCGCUGGUGGCAAGCUUCUGCUGACGCUGGUGGCCGCGGCUGGAGGAUACGAGGGCACUCACAGCUUUGCCGUGGAGGGACACAAGAUUACCGGCCACCGAGGCAUCAUCUUCACCAGAGCGGCGUGCGCGGUGCUGGGAGCAGCCUUGGCUCCUCUCGCCUUCGGCGUCGCCUGGACCACGACGCGCCGCCUGCCGCCUGCUUUCCUGGCAGGAUUGCUCGUUGUCUGCGAGACCGGUACUCUGCUGCUGACGAGGUUCAUCCUGCUGGACGCUCCGCUGAUGUUCUUCAUGAUGGCCGUCUUCUUUAGCCUGUGUCGCCUGCAGCACGCAACGCUUAGACAAGGGGCGUUCAGUGGGCCGUGGUGGACCAGCCUGGGGGCGACGGGCCUCUUCUUGGGUUGCGUGGUGAGCGUCAAGUUCGUGGGGCUGUUCACGGUGGCCGUCGUGGGGCUGCACGCCGCGUCCCAACUCUGGCACAUCUUCCCACGGGCUUCUGCGGGCACGCUGGUGAAGCAUUUCUCUGCACGAUUAGUUUGUUUCGUCUUUCUCCCUUUGCUGAUCUACGUUUCGUGUUUCAUUAUCCACGAUUUCAUCUUACACAAAACCGAGGACAAGUACGAGUUCCACUUGAGUCACUUCAGCCCGAGCUUCCAAAUGGCCAUCGACGGCGCAGCGCUCAACAACAUCAGCCAGGCAAGCGAAGUCACAUACGGAGCGCUUUUGACGCUUCGUAAUGCAGCGAUCGGCGGAGGCUUCUUAACCUCUUUUAAUUCUACGUAUCCAGCCAACGUGUUAGCUCACAGACCCAUCGUCGUGUUCUCGGGUCGACAAAAACUACCGGUUAAUUUUUUACAAAUUCAGUACCCAGAAGACGACCCAGACACUGACGCCGGCCAGUACUCGGGUCCUGCGGAAGCGGUGGUGGCCGAAGACCAAAUCCGGAUAUUCAACCCCAUGCUGGGUCUUUACUUCGCCGCUCACCCCGCCUACCGCUCACCCGUGUCAACGGCUAACUUUUUAGUCUACGCCGAGCGAAAGUCAGAUGACGACCCCCAUCCAUCCAAUCAUCUAUGGGAAGUUCAAGUGAUCGGUGAACAGGAGCGUGUAAACACAGGUAAACAGAACGCGGGUUUCAAUGAAGAAAAGUCGACCAUCGCGGAAGAUCCACGGCGCUGGAGGGUCCUGGAGAGCAGAGUGAGACUCAGGAACUUGGCGGCGAAUUGCUGUCUUUGUUACACCGGGAGAAAGAUGCCAAAAACAUGGGGCCUCGACGUUCACGAGGUAUCCUGCUGCCGCAGCCGCCAGCAGGACGGCGUCGCGUGGCUCGUGGAGCAAUCGAACGAGACGCGUCUAGCGAAAAAGAGCUUCGCUCAUAUGAAGUCCGGCCUGGCGGCGAGGUUUCUAGAGACGCAUCGUCUCAUGGGCUGGAUGAACUCGCAGUUCAAGCCAUCAAGGGAGGAGCUUGCGGCAUCCAGUCGGCCGUGGAUGUGGCCAUUGUGUUCUAAGUCUCAGCCUUGGCAUUCGGUUGGCUACCAAGUGGUGUUGCUCGGCAAUCCUGUUGUCUUUUGGCUGAACCUAGCCGGCUUCGUCUUCGCUUUCGUCUUCAUGGCUGGUCAAGCAUACAGAAUUAAAAGAAAAUUUGGAACGCCAAGCAUUGAGGAUCAGCAAACUUACUACUGGUGUCGGUGGCUGCUGGUGGCUUACCUCCUGCACUACCUGCCCUUCUACGCCAUGGACCGCGUGCUCUACUACCACCACUACUUCCCAGCGCUGCAGUUCUCUUCCCUGCUCACAGCUGUGGUCAUGGGAAGGAUUCUCUGCAAGAUAUCCUCCUCAUCAUCACUGUUGCUCAUGCUGCUCCUCAGCACGACGCUGGUGUCGAGCUUCUGGAGCUUCAGCUUCACGGCGUACGGAGUGCAGAGAAGCGCGCCGUACGCUCCCCAUACUUCCCCUACGCGGCACCUGCGCUGGCUCAGCUCGUGGGAGCUCAUAUAGAACGUACUAUGAUACGUUAUAAGUGAGCUCGAUACGUCAUUAUGAGUAUUAUACGUUAUAAAUGAGCUCGAUACGUCAUUAGGAGAAUUAUACGGCAAAAUGGUGUUGUCAGCACGCCCCUACACUGAUACACACGGCACCUCAGCUGGCUCAGCUCGUGGGAGCUCAUAUAGAAUGUAAUAUAAUGAGUUGUAGAUGAAUAUUAUACGUGAUAAUUAUGUCCCAUUUGUAUUAUUCGCAAUAAUAAAGUUUAUAUGUGUGGUUAUUUUACUUACUCGUAAUAAAUUCAGGUGCGCGAUUUUUUCCUACAUUUAUAAAUUUCAAGGUAUUAAUGAUUUAUUUUAUGGAGUAAUACUACAAGUGAUGUGAUGAAAAAACAGUGUUGGAUUCAAUAUGUAUCUAUGGGGAUUAUUAUAGCAGUGAUCGCGGGCAAGUUGAGACAUCAUAAUGGGGCCAAUUGAGGGUGGCGAGAUUGUUUAAAAUUUGAGAUUUGAAUAAGAAUGAAGAACAAAAAUUGUUUGACAACUGACUCAAACAUGUGAAUAAUAUUGCAAUCUAUUCGAUAAAACAUGUAGAUAAGCUUGUAACCUGGUGUGUUUUUCAAAGGAAAAAUUUUCUUGCAAUCAAUGAUUUUUAAAGCUGAUUUUC